GUAUCUCGUCAUGUUAUCUCGAUAACGCUCCUGAUCCGGAGAGCGCAAAUUUGUCCAGGAACGCGAUCCUCGCAAUGUGCUCCGUGUAGUGAAAAAGCAAGACUUGUGUGUCCACGAUUCUAGAAAUCGGUCCGAGAUCUCGAUCCGAGAAUUGUGUAGCCAAUCAACUUGUAGCUUUUAUGGAAAAUAAUAAUUCAUUGAGGCUAGAAGAAGCGAUGCUACAUUCAAUCGAUUUCUCGUUAUGUACCUGUCACUUCUCUGCUCCGUUAUAAACUCUUGCUUUACCGAUCUCUUAAAUAUUGAUAAUUUUAUUUAAACGUGUACAUACGUGAACGUGAGAUAUCACCGGAUAAUUCCACGAUAUUCGCGACACGUUGAAUUAAGUGAUAACGAACGUGCAGUCGUUGUAUUAUGGCUGCUAAGGAUGAAGUAAACAAUGUGACGACCGAGAUGAAGACCGAAGAGACGCCGGAUAAUUCGACGACCGAGGAUGCACCCACCAGUUUAGAGACUAUUCCCGAAGGAAAUGCCGCACGCAGCGAACAGCAGGCAGCACAGAAGGAUAAGACGAAAAUUGAUAUAUUACUGAAGGCUACUGCUAACGCUCCGAUUAUGAAGCAGAAGAAGUGGUCGGUUUGCCAAGAUAAUCCCAUUGGACGGAUCUCUGAAUUCAUAAAAAAGUAUCUCAAGUUGGAUCCCAAUGAAAGAUUGUUCCUUUAUGUUAAUCAAACGUUUGCACCUGCUCCCGACCAAACAGUUAAGAACCUCUACGACUGCUAUGGUGCAGAUGGAAAACUAGUCGUCCACUAUUGUAAGAGUCAAGCUUGGGGCUGAGUUAAGUUAACCAACAGUUGGCACAAUCGACUCUUAAGAGCAUAUAUAUAUAUGUGUAUAUAUGCAUAUAAUUGUAUAAUAUGUUACAAUUAGAAGUAUAAUUUUAUAAUGUAAUGUAUACAUAAUAUGUAUAGUAUAGUAACACAGGACGUUGUGAUAUAAUUUUAAUGUUAACAUUAAAAUCCAAUUACAUACGAUAAGUUUUUAGUUUAUCAGAUAAGUUUUUCAGAUUUAUUUUUCUAACAUGCAAAGAGAGAACUCUCAUCGAGAUUGAAUAUUGCAUUGAUGUCAGAAAAAUGCAAAAGUCACGAUUUCCAACUAUUCCAAUUUUUUUCCUUUUGUGCAAUAUUAGACUUGUAAUUGUACUUGUUCUUGUAAUAAUAUAAUAUUUCUGAUAAA